UCUUUAAAGCAAAAUCAAACAAAACAAACCAAACUUCGAGGCUUCACCCCAAAACACCGGAAAGAACCCGCUGAAUUGACCAAUCAUCUACGUCUGAUCUGAAUCAGCUUGGAAUAUUCAGACGAAAACGCUGGUGGGAAAAUACGUAGAUAGAACCUCUUCCUGAGAAUUGUGUCCGUUUGUCUGUUUGUAUUUGAUCCCCUUAAUUGAAGUUGAGAGUGAAGUUGAAAGUGAGCUUUAGAACCAAUGUCUACCCAUUCCUACAAGAAGUUCGAGGACACGGACGCUGGCCUAUUGCCAGAUAAGAUGACAGUGUUCCAAGACUGUAUCCGUGCCUUCAACAGCUCUCCUGUUGAUGCUAAGAAGUGCCGUACCCUUAUUGCACGCUUGUUGAGAUUGUUGUAUUCAGGUGACACUUUCCCGAGACAAGAGGCCACGACUCUUUUCUUCUCGAUCUCCAAGCUGUUCCAACACAAGAAUUCAUCCUUGAGACAGAUUGUCUACUUGGCUAUCAAGGAAUUGAGCUCGAUCUCCGACGAUGUUCUGAUGGUUACUUCCUCCAUUAUGAAGGACGUCCAGAAUGGUGAUAUUGUUUACAAGCCAAACGCCAUUCGCACAUUGACUAGGGUUCUUGAUGGCUCCACUGUUAAUGCUGCCGAAAGACUGAUCAAGAACGCUAUUGUUGAUAGACAUCCUUCAGUUGCUUCCGCUGCCUUGGUUAGUUCCUAUCACCUUUUGCCUGUCGCUAAGGAUGUUGUCAAGAGAUGGACCAACGAGACCCAAGAAGCUGUCCUUGCUGUUAAGCCAUACCCACAGACAGGUGAAGGCUAUAUCAACGACUCUUUGAUUUCUCAAUACCAUGCUCUGGGGUUGUUAUAUUCCUUGAGAAACCAUGAUAAGAUGGCCUUGAGAAAGUUGAUCCAACAAUACUCAAAGGGGUUGAGAAACCCAUUGGCCAUUUGCCAAUUGAUUCGUUAUGUCAAUGAAGUUUUACAAGAUGAUUCUUCUUUGAUUCCAGCCCUUUUCCCGUUGUUACAAGAUUGGCUAAACGACAGAAAUCAUGCUGUUAACUUGGAAGCAAUCAAAGUUGUUGUUUCUCUUCCAGUUACAAAUGAACAAUUUGCUGCUGCUGUUCUUAGAUUGCAAUUCUUACUCACAACACCAAAGGCUGUGACAAGAUUUGCUGCUGUCAGAAUUUUGAACAGAAUCUCCUUGAAGAACCCGGAGAAGAUUGUCUCCUGUAACACUGAGUUGGAAUCGUUGAUCAGUGAUCCAAAUAGAUCUAUUGCCACUUAUACAAUCACCACUCUGCUUAAGACAGGAUCUUCUGAUAACAUUGAGAGACUUAUUAAGGUAAUUUCCAAGUUCAUCAAUGAUAUCUCUGAUGAGUUCAAGAUCAUCAUCAUCGAUGCUGUCAAAACCUUGUCUUUGAAAUUCCCACAGAAUUAUCAAUCAAUGCUCACCUUUUUGAUUGAUAUGCUGAACGAUGAAGGUGGAUUUGAAUUCAAGAACACCAUCGUGGAAGCACUCUUUGAUCUGAUCCACUUUGUUCCAGAGUCUCGUGAUUUGGCUUUGGAGAACUUGUGUGAAUUCAUUGAAGAUUGUGAAUUUACAGAGCUCACUGUGAGAAUCUUGAACAUGUUGGGUAACGAAGGCCCAAAGACAGCUAAUCCAUCUCUAUACGUUAGACAUAUCUACAACAGAGUUGUCCUUGAGAACUCCAUCAUCAGAUCUGCAGCCGUGGUUGCAUUGUCUAAAUUUGCUCUGAUUGAUGCACCAUUGAACAAUUCUAUCAAGAUUUUGUUGAAGAGAAUUGUCAAUGACGUGGAUGAUGAAGUUAGAGACCGUGCUAUCAUCUCAUUGAAGUUCCUUGAGAGUUUGGAAUCUGCUGAGAUCUCCAAGAAUGUUGCUGUUGAAUUGACCAAACCAACACAUGUUUACGACCUGGGUCUCUUGGAAUCUAAGUUGCAAACAUAUAUCUCUGGUGAUGCCUCCAGCUUUGCAACUCCAUUCGACAUCACAUCUGUUCCGAAGUUCACUGAGGAUGAAUACAGGGCUAUUGAACUGAAGAACAAGACUGCCAAGUUGGAAGUCGAAACAAAGGAGGACAUUGAUACUAGUGGACAAUCUGGUUCUGCCAAUGAGAGUCUACAAACCGCAGAGCUCGCUAAACAACAAAUCUUACAGGAGCUCUCCCAAGUUUCUGAAUUUUCCGGUUACGGAGCUGUUCUACAUACAUCAUCUGUCAUUCCUCUUACCGAGAAAGAGGCUGAAUUUGUUGUGGAGUCUGUCAAGCAUGUUUUCAAGGAACACAUUGUCUUGCAGUUUAACGUUGAGAACACCUUGGAUGACGCAUUGUUAGAGAUGGUAUCCGUUACAGCACAGCCUGAUAUCGAGGAAGUAGAGGAGGAGUUCGUCUUGUCAGUAGAGAAGCUGGAACCACAUGGUAAGGGAACUGUUUACGUCUCCUUCACUAGACCAGAAGAACCAAGUGUAUUCACCACUACAUUCUCAAAUACCUUAUCGUUCACUUCCAAGGAGUGCGAUCCAUCCACCUUUGCUCCAUUCGAUGAUCAAGGAUUUGAAGAUGAAUACCAGAUUGAAGAUUUGGAUAUCACUCCAGGUGAUUUCAUUAUCCCAUCUUAUAUCGGUAACUUUGAUCUUGCCUUUGAUGAGCUCACGUCUGAAACUGUGGGAACAUACCAGAUGGAUUCUGAAUCUCUUCAAAGCACAGUUGAUCAUCUGAUUGAGACUCUGUCCUUGCACCCAGUUGAAGGCAAGGAUGUCUUCAAUGAGACAAGUCAUACUUUGAAAUUGUUUGGUAAGAGUAUCAACGGUGACAGAGUUGCCGUGCUUGUAAAGAUGGUGAAGAGUGCUAAGACUGGUAUCACAUUGAAGGCUACUGUGAAGUCUGAUUCCGAGGAGAUUGCCGAAUCUGUAUUGAACGGCAUAGCGUGAUGCUUCUCGCCGUUUUUUUGUCUUUGUAAGAGUUUAAAGUGAUAGUAUACAAGAGCAUGUUCAA